AUGAGUACAGCGUGUAAAGUUUCUCUAGCUCUGUUGUGUUUAUUUGCUGUUCCGUCGUUUUUGGUCUUGACAGCAGUGGCGGGCAACAAAACCAAACAAACUUCGAGCAAUAUGGUGAGUCAAUUAACUUUCUGCGCGGGACCAUGCCUGAUAUAACUGGAACAAAAGCGAAAAAACUUCAAGAACAGAACUUUGGGCAAUCCAAUAACUGCUAAAGAGUACUUUUCUGUGAGUAUUUAUCUAGUCUCGGUCGACGUGAAGGAAUGUCCAAACAAUGGAUCGCAUCUUUCAUGACUUUACCAAAGUCUCGCUCCUUAUCAGCAAAAAUCAUUUAGAAAGAGGUUUAGGGAACUUCUUACAUCCAUCAACAUCAAGUAACUUCGUUUCUCGAUUAAGUUUUAUGUCUUGACCGUAUAUCUAACGAUGCUUUAAUGUAAAGUUUCUCCACAACACUUAACACAACGAGCCAAAUAGAGUUGGGAAACAGGAAACUAAGGGGAAAAAAUAUUUUAAGGUUGUUUGCAGACAUUAUUAUGAAAUAUUCGUCAAAACUUUUUCAGGGGUUUAUUUUCCGAAAGGCUGGUGGGGGAAAGAAAGGGGGUUAAAUUGUUUAAAGUGUGUCAUAAAGAAGGCACAGUACUUUCCUUUCUUUUUCUUUUUUUUUUCCCUGGAGGUGGCUAAGCAUCGCCGCUGAGACUAAAUUACUGAAGGAGUUAUUUUGCUCAACGCACAAUAACACUUUUUAAAGUAACUUUUUGUUUAUCUCUCUAGCAAUCUCCUCCAUUCUGCGGGUUUGGUGGUAUUCCAGGCAUGCACGGGUUACCAGGCCGUGACGGACGUGAUGGCCGAGAAGGAGUGAAAGGUGACCCGGGAAGCCCGGGAAAGACUGGACCUCUGGGACCUGCUGGUGUAAAUGGAAAAGAAGGUGUCAAAGGAGAGCCUGGUGUACAGGGCCCACCUGGUCCAAAAGGGGAGCGUGGACAAAGUGGACAUCCUGGGAACCCAGGUCUGAUGCCUUUUAAGAACUGGAAAGAGUGUGCAUGGAAUAAAUUGAACGAUGACAAAGACAACGGUUUAAUAAAGGUAAAGGUUAAAAGAUUUACAAAUGAUAUUUAAUAUUACAUGGCAAAGGUUACUUUUAUAACCAAAUGAUUUGUCUAUUCAAAGUUAUUUCCUGCAUAUUUUAUAGGAAAGUGUCUUCACCAAGAACUUUUCUUACACCGCUCUUCAUGUGGCCUGGACUGGUGCCCUUAGAAUCUACAAGUGUACAGGCUGUUGCAAACGCUGGUACUUCACUUUCAACGGCGCAGAGUGUUCAGCUCCCUUGCCCAUUGACGGUAUUGUGUACAUGUGGCAGGGCAACACUCAAAGUCUUCACCGAGUCCGCCAUAUUGAGGGGCACUGUAACAACAUCCACAAAGGAAAGGUGCGCGUGGGAUUCUGGGUUGGUAAUUGUCCGAGUGAAAAACCUGGCGACGCCUACACAGGCUGGCAAUCUGUGUCCCGGAUCUUCAUUGAAGAAGUUCCUGAGGCUCAGGCCUAG